CGUAUUAGAGAAUGCUUAAUAAUCGCGGCUCGGUCAGAGGCAGGUGGUGGUGGCUUGACCGACUUUUAAAGAAACCUUGGGGGGAGUUGGGCGGCAUCUUCAGUUAGACAUUGGACUCCGUCGAAGACGAAGAGUCGGAAAAAAACAGUCGGAGGGUGCGACGCAAGGGAGAGACAGACGCUCGAUUAUCAUCGAUUAAUGAUAUAACAAUCAACUGUCAAGAAAUUUUCCUCUGCAUUCUUUCCCUGCCUCCGUUGUGCACAGAACGAAAACGAAGAUGCGGCUGUCGAUGGUGGUCGAACUGUUGCUCAUUCUUCUUCUGGUCGCGUUCGCCGCUUAUGGCAGAGUGAUCGAACGCGAUGGAAAAACGGAGGAGAGAUCGAUGGGGAAUGCGAGGGAGGAUAACCUUGGAAUAUCAACGUUGUCGUUGAAACAGGCGACCGACGAUGUGAACAGAUAUUGCACCUGCAACGAGAACAUAUGUAAUUGUUGCAGAGACUUCCAUAUACCUUUGGUGCAAUUACAAGGACCAGGAUGCGCAUCCUUGCAAUACAUACAAGGGGACAAUUUGGCGGUACAACUUAGCUUCGGAGAUAACAUCUUAACCAGCACCAUCGUAAAUGGGAAAAAUCCGAGGCCCGUGUGCGUCCCGUUACCAGGAGGAUUUACGAAAUUCUGCGGCAGAAUUUAUUCCAUUAAACGGGACGCCAAGAAUCAUUUCAAAGCCUGUCUUGGGCUGGAGUUACAAUCGUCGACCGAGCUCGAAGCUAGCUUACGCGUCAGCUGUUUCAGAUUUGGGCCGGACGGUCUCAAGUUGCGUCCAGCGGAGCCGCUUCCUGUAGUGGAGACCGAGGUCCCGGACGAAGACGACGACGACGAUUUCUUCGGCCUUGACUCGGACGAGGACGACGAAGACGAGGACGACACGCCGUUGGCCAACGCCGUCCCAGAUUCCUCCUCGGCGGAAGAGGACGAGGACGAGGACGAGGACGAGGAUGUCCUCGGGUUCGGGGCCCUUUUGGACAUUAUUACCGGCGAGGACGAAACAGCGACGAAGAAGCCGAAAGUAACCACGCCCGCGCCUCUUCUCCAAUUUACCAUCCCCAUUUUAACGAAACCGACGCCUUCGACGUCCGUGAAUUCGAACGUUGGAGGUGGCGCCGGCAACUCGGAAGAAUUCUCGAACGCGGAUGAGGAAAGCGUUAACGACGAGGUGGACGGCGACGAGUCAGCCGUGGACACCGAAACGACGGUUAAAGAAGUAGCCGUGACGGAGGCCUCGAAUAAGAUAGCGAAGCCGGAUAAAACACCGACGAAGAAAUUGACGAAGAAGCCGAGCGAAGUUACGAGUUCCAGCAUCAAUGCGAUCGAGAACGAGGCGGAUAAGAGGAGGAAACCUUUGAGGAAGAAACCUGUGAAGGGGGAAGAGGAUGACGACGAUGAUAUCCUUGGGGACGGCCUCGACGACGACGACGAUGAGGACGAUGAGGACGAGGAGAUUUUGAGCGACGACGAGGACGACGAUGAGAAGAAUAGCGAGGAGGAAGAGGAGGAAGACGAGAAGAACGAUGAAAGCGAGAAUCACGAGGACGAGGACGAGAAAGCUGAGAUCGAAGAUUUGGAUGAUGACGAUGACGAGGAAGAGGAUGCGGUAAUCAGUGCGCUGGUUUAUGAUGAUAAAGAAGAUGGAAAGAAGAAAGGCAAGGUGAAGAAACACGAUCAGUCGUCUGAAACGGACGACGAUGACUCGGAUUAUGGGUUGGGUCUCACCGGCCUUCUAGCGAGAAACAGACAUUCGAGAAAUAAUCGUCAGAGCAAAGAAAUGAGAUUUCCGAUGAUUGGAAAUUCAACUCUCGUCCUAGAGUCGUAGAAUAAUUAAAGAUUUAUUGUGUGACGAUGUUUUUU